ACAUUGUCUUCAAUGUAAUUGAAACGAUUUAUGACAUAUUAAUACAAAUAGAUUAAUAAUAUUCGCAGCGUAAAUUUAAUUUAUACGAGAACAAUAUCUUUUCAGUGAACCUUGGCGUUGUAUACAAUACUUUCAUUGUAUAUUAUAACAUUAUAAAUCGAAGUGCAAAUUUCACUAAUGGUAUGAAUCAACUGCCAACUGCCAAUCUAUAAAAACAUAAUCAAUAUCGAUAUCAGAUUUAUAUGUCACAACACUAUACCGGUUUGGAGAGUGAGAGAGAGGUUAAUUUAUUUUUCAGUCUCUAACUUUUGUUUAUUUAUCUUCGAAUUAAACUUAUUCUUUCAUAAAGUUUUUAUCUACCUACUCUUUGAAUAUCGUGUACAAUAGUUUAUUAUAAUUAAUAUUAAAUAGUGAAGAAUGUUAGAGUGUUAUUGAUAAAGCUAUAUUAUCGUAUCUACUGUCAUCAUAAAAUAGUGACGGUUUUUGAUAAUAGGUAUACAGGCAGAUACACGUCGCUAUGUAUUGAAUGAAAUAAAUGUUAUCCGCAUUGCACAAUGUGGUUUCCUAUAGUCUACUACUUAAGUUACUAAGUAUGAUAUGAAACAUUGAAGAAGCGAAAGCGUGUAUGUGUUGCGUAAAGUCAAGUGCCGGUAACUCAAGACUAGUUGUUCAGAGUGGUUAGAACGCGGCUAAGGUCGAUCAUCAUGCUGCCGUGGAUACAGCACCGAUGGACCGGCCUCUGCCUCCUUGUGGCUGCAUUAGGAUCCCUAAUGCUGUUCCUGUAUGGAUUCUUCCCAUUGAAGUAUCAUUCAGGAAGGAUGUCACAUAUGGAUGAUUUGCCAAACUUCAUAGAAGGCGUCAGUAUUGAUGGCCAGCAAGUUUAUAGUUCUGGUGAGAACAGUGUUGUCCUGAUGGUGAUAGAUGGCCUCCGUUAUGACUUUGUAACAGAAGAGUACAUGCCUUACACUGGACAACUGCUCAAGAACAAGUCUGCUUGCAUCUAUGUGUCAGUGGCUGAACCACCUACUGUCACUAUGCCUAGGAUCAAGUCACCUGAGCGUAAGAAGGAAAAGGCACAGUGGAGGCGCACAAUAAACUUCUGGCGGGAUAUAUUUGCCAUGAUGACAGGCAGUGUCUCCACAUUCGCUGAUGUGGCCUUAAACUUCGGUGCUCCAGCUGUUCGUGGAGACAGCGUGUUGCGUGUUGCUAACGCUAGAGGGCGCCGUACUGUGAUGUAUGGAGAUGAUACCUGGCUAAGAUUGUUCCCUGGAUUGUGGUCAGAGUACGAUGGAACUACUUCUUUCUACGUCACUGAUUAUACGGAGGUGGACAAUAACGUCACAAGACAUCUGGACAAAGUGCUAACACCAGAUGAAAAAAAGAAACCAACAUUUGACUUCCUAGUGCUUCACUACUUGGGUCUAGAUCAUAUAGGACAUCUAGAAGGCGCUAGGAGCCCUAAGAUCAAACCGAAGCUGCAAGAGAUGGAUGAAGUGGUGAAAAAAAUAUUUACUGCUAUGCAAACGUGGGACCGUAACGGCGUGCUAAUAGUAUGCGGCGACCAUGGUAUGCGUGACGCGGGCGGCCACGGCGGCGCCACGCCCAGCGAGGUGCUCGUACCUUUAGUACUCGCCAGGAGUUCAGAUUUCGAGUGUCCACAUCCACAAGGUCCAGGCCCAACAGUGGCACAAGUGGACGUAGCGCCGUCAGUAGCGUGGUUACUGGGCGCUCCGCCCCCCGGGGACAGCGGAGGCAGACUCCUCCCAGCUCUACUCCCGCAGGACCCGCGCCAACAUCUCUACUUGUUGCACGUGCUCAGCAGUCACGCUGUGAAGCAGGAUAUGCCUACUAAUACUGAGUUCUACAAGCAGUUCCAACGCGCUGAGCAACAGUUCGCCCACUACCUCGCUACAGGACAACAGAGUGCCGCCAAGAUUGCCAAGGAGUUCUACGAGGAAUCACUUGCUAAGAUGUCUGAGUAUCUCACUCAGACUAAAACUGAGUUCGAUCUGUUUGCAAUCGGCAUCGCUAUUUUCUUGUUAUAUGCGAUCGCAACAUCGCUCCUUCUAGUCACACUAUACUCGCUCCAACCAGACACGCGACGCAAGACAAGCAUCACAGGUCGCUCCCACCAGCGCUCAAGCAUCGGCUCCAUCAUCGCUUUCCUCGUUAUCUUCUGCAUAUGCAGUGCAAUCCUCAUCACAUCGUGUUUCAUAACAGAAACCAAAAGCCAACUAUGCAAUUUCGAAUCAUUCUGGGCACUCGGACUCUUCACAACAGCCUGUAUGUUCACCGUCACUUAUUUCAUAAUUAAAACAGGAAUUGAAAGGAUUAAAGAUCUUUCGUUACUCAAUGAAUUGAAUGCUAUCGAUAUGUUGUUGAUAGUAGCGACUUUAUUCCAUUGCUGGUCAUUUUUUGGAACCAGUUUCAUUGAAGAAGAACAUAUGACCUGGUACUUCUUCUGGAACACUUUAAUGUUCUUUGUAUUGGUGAGAACUGUUGUUAUUUUGCUCAUGUAUUUGAGUAAGAAGCUGACUGGAGCGACCGAGGUGCAAGAGAAGCCGGAAUUGGAACAACGGAUGAGCGCUGUCGGUGUUGAGAUACUGCCUAAAUGGGUGCUGUUGAUUGCCUUGCAUAGAUACCUAAGAACAAUGAACCAGACUGGAGAUAGAUGGUUGUUCCUGCCAGACACAGCAGACUGGCUGAAUGCACCUGAAAACGCAUUCUAUCUGCAAGCUCAUCUUGUAGUAGGCACAAUCGGAACACUAGUAAUAUGUCUAUGGAACCUCCGUUUCCUGAACAACGUGAAGCACUUCCAAUCAAUGCUAACAACCGCGGCAGUGGUCUGCAUACUAUGCUACAGGAUCGCUUCCAACGCCUUAGACUCACCAUUCGACGAUAUAAAGACUUGGGACCCGGUCAAGAUAGUAGACGUCUUCUGGGCCAUACUCAUAGCACAGUUCCUUCUAGAAAUAGUAUCCUACAUAGGUAUCCUAAAGUCCUGUGGCUUACAACCGACAAGGAAUAAUCUAAGUGCAAAUAAAUUCGAGUACAGCAAGCCUAAGGCGAAAUCUGAAGAUUAUUUCUACGAUAACUUGAUGGAGGAACCUUGGAAUGUUGAAGAAGUGAAGUUGAACUUAGUUCGGAGUCUUUCUCAUCUUAUGUUAAACGAUUUAAUGUUGAUAGUGUGUUUAUUAAUGCGACCCCAUAACGUGGUGAUGGUGCCUAGUAUAUUUGUAACGUGUGUGCUGACCUCGCAGUGCAUGGACCAUAAACUGUUGGACUCCAAGUCCGGGAAAAAGACUGAAGUGGCUGAUAUACUCAGUCGGACGCUUGUACAUAUGUGGAUUGGUAUCCUGUUCUUCUUUUAUCAGGGUAACUCAAACAGCCUGUCCUCAGUAGACCUGGGCUCAGGCUACGUGGGGCUCCGUGAGUACUGUCCUGUGCGAGUGGCGCUCCGCAUGGGACUCCACGCGUACGCCGGCCCUGCUAUAGCGGGCGCCGCGCUAUUCGCCACCAUCGCUAGACAUUCUGAUACUUGGGACACGUACUUACAAACAAUAUGGCGUUCAACAAACAUCCUAGCAGCUCACCGAGUGUACUGUGUAGUGGUCUACUGUGUGAUCGCAACUAUCUUCCGAGACCAUCUCUUCGUGUGGAGCGUGUUCUCUCCAAAGUUGUUGUAUGACUUCGUAGCGACAAUAUUCUCUCUACAAGCCCUCGCUACAAUAGCACAGCUACAGUUUCUAGCCCAUACCACUAAUUACCUCGCUAGAAUCUUCACGUACAAGUCAAGACUGUGAUAUAACUAGUGUUGUGCUUGCCAAAGGUAUUCUAUGUUGUGGUUAUAGAGCUCAAUUUACAAUGGUGUUGAAGUGGUUGCUAUGAGUUGUAGUGUUCUGUAGGUCAAUUUAAUCUAAUCUGCUUUUCUUUGAUAGAUUUAGAACUUAAUUGUUGUAUUAUAAAGUUGAAAAUCUAUUGCAUUUGGAUGGAUUGGAAAAGGUUGGUCUGUAGAAGGUUGCACAUACCAUAAUAAACUUUAUAUCAAUUGUGUAAAGUAAAAAAAAAAAUAGUAGAAGUAAGUAGCCACGGUAUUACGAAUUGGAGAGAUAUAUCUUAUUAUAUAUUUAUUUUUAAUGUUAUUCGAAUUGAUAUAGAGUUCAUUAUCCUAAAUACUUUAAUUUCAUUUCACCGUGUAAAUUGAGUAUGAAGUGAAUUGAUAGACUUACAACUGUUGUUAAAUAUUGCCAUUAUUAUGUUACUAUAGUGUUGUGAUUAUAAAGUGUAGAAAACUAGCAACGUCCAUUUUGUGAACAAAGUUGAUUAUGCAGGGGCCUAUUGAAUUCGUAGGCAUUUAUAACGCUACGUCGUGCUUGAGCGAUUUAGAAGCAGUGGCAAGCGAAUGCAAUGCGUUGCGACGCGACGGCAUGUCCUGGGUGCAUGUGAAUUGUUUCGAAUCGUUUUUGUUUCCGUCAUUAUAACCAAAACAAAAACAUGACAGCUCCGCAUCCAAAUAUGUUUGCGAAAAUAUCAAAUCAACAUAUCGCGUUCACGUCAUUUCGCACUGUACACCGCAUUCCACAGGCGUAUUGUCACGUAAGACACUUCAAUAGGUUUCGACAGUUUAUUGUUUUCGCACUUCACCGCACUGCUCCGCAUUCGCGUCUAGAUCGCUCGGACAGCGUAAAGAGGUUUGCCAUAAUAAUGUCAUCUGGCGUUCCAUUGCCUCUGUCAACCCCAAUGAGAGACAAGCGGGACGGUAUAUACGUACGCAGGUCGCUUCUAAUUGGCCGAUCUGUAAUGCCAUAUCCGCACUACACUAGUAUUUUGCUCGAAAAUGGAGUAUUUAGUAGUUCUCUCUCGCAUCUAUCCCAAAAUUGAAGCGAGAGAGAGGUAAUUGCUACUUGAUUAAAAUACUAGUGCAGUGCGAACUGGGCAUGUCGAUACUGAGCCGCGGACUUAACGGGUUGCCGGGGCUCUCUGGCUCGAAGGGUAGGAGUAGGAAAGGGGUGGUUUUUAGUCAGUAAGAGUCUGACACUCCCUCCCGCCUCACCCAGGCAGCAGUCAUUCGAUGAUUUCCCCCCCUUAAAAUAAAAGUGCGAACUGGGCAUAAGACUUUGUGGUCUUAUGUCAAACAGUGGGUGUUUUGUGAUCGAUAAUGAUGAUUUAUGAAUUCAAUAGCAACCUGUUUAAUGAUAAUGAGACGGUGUGUAUGUCGUUAUGUGAAGUACAUACAGAAGGCAGUUUAUUGUGUACUUAUAUUAUUUAAGUAGUAUAUUUAAUUGUAGACAAUAUUCUAAUUCUAAAUUAGCAAAAUGAGUGCGAUACAAGGAUAGUAUUAUGUUUUUAUUGUUUUAAAAUGAUUACUACUUAGUUAUGAAUUAUGACAUUCCGUGAAUUAAAAUAAUAAUAUUAUUGUUAUACACUAACUAUGGAUUUUUAAUAUUGUCUUACUAAUAUUAGAAAUGUAAGGUUGUGUGUAUGUUUGUACUCCAAUCACGACAAAACGGCUGAAGGUAUUGUGACGAAAUUUUUAAAGAGGUAGAUUAUAGUGUGCAAUUACACAUGCGUCUACUCUAAUCCUACGUUAACGCGGGCGAAGCCACUGGUAGAAGCUAUACAUAUUUUUACUAAAAAUGAGCAAAUAAUAAAACAAAUUAUUAU